ACAACGUUUGGCUAAGUUUUCUAACACGUCUACRGACACUCAAAGCUACGUUGUGCUUCAGUUCUCACACAUUUUUUGUUGAAUGUAUUUUGCAGCAUGAUUUUAAUCUGGACAGGCUGUGAUUGUGUCAUCGUGUGAACUCAGACCUUCUUGUGUUGGUUUUUAAUCCGCCACAUCUCUGUCAGUCAGGAAGGAAACGCACACUUACUGCAGGGAGCCAGCAGAGCUUUAGUCGGACAGUUUCUGUUUAGCUGCUCGUCACCGCUGACUUUUUGGAAAUGAAAACCGUGUUGUUGUUGCUGCAUGCCGUCUCGUCCUGCUGGCUGGUCAGCGCCACUCUUUCAAAAACGGACGCAAAGAAGCCGCAUAAAGCWGAAUCUGAGACCUCUCCAGCUGAGUUAUCUGUGCUGGACAGAGGUCUUGUUGUCUCAGAUUUGCAAUGGAAAGACAUAGUGAAGGAGGAGAAGAGAUACUGUGCGAACAUACAGAAGACAUUUGAAGGACCUGUUCUUGGAUAUAUCACCCCAUGGAAUUCCCACGGAUACGAUGUUGCCAAGCUGUUCGGCUCCAAACUGACGUCAGUGUCUCCGGUUUGGCUUCAGCUCCGCCGGCGGGCUCCUGAAACCUUCGACGUCAGAGGACUCCACGAUCACGACUCUGGUUGGGUCAAAGCAGUACGCAAGUCAAACAAAAAAGUUCGGAUAGUGCCUCGCAUCCUGUUUGAUGGCUGGUCCUAUCAGGACUAUAUGAGCGUGCUGGGGAGUGAAGAUGAAAUCGAGGAGCUGGCGAGUGAGCUGGUGGAUGUUGCGAAGACCGAAGGAUUCGAUGGGUUUACCCUGGAGCUCUGGAGCCAGCUCGGAGGCAACAAGAGAAAGGAGCUGGUUCAUUUGGUGAAACACAUAUGUGAGACAUUAAAGGCUAAAAAGUUAGACUGCGUUCUCGUUAUUCCCCCAUCUGUGACGAGUACGGGACAGCCGGGGAUGUUUGGCAGGGAGGAGUUUGAGGAGCUGGCUCCAUUUGUUGAUGGAUUCAGCCUUAUGACAUACGACUACUCCAGCGGUCCCAGGCCAGGACCGAGCGCCCCCCUCCCCUGGGUCAGAGAAUGUGUUCUCCAGCUGGCUCCUAAAACUCAGUGGAGGGAAAAGAUCCUGCUUGGACUCAAUUUGUAUGGCCUUGAUUUCUCAAGCCAUGGAACUGAGCCAAUCCUGGGGGGAAGGUACGUAGAGAUUUUGCGAGAAAACAGGCCCAAAAUCCUCUGGGAUGAAUAUUCUGCAGAGCAUUACUUCAGCUAUAAAAGAAACAAUGCAGUCAAGCAUGUGGUGUACUAUCCAUCGCUGAAGUCGAUCUACGCAAGAAUCUCUUUGGCCACAGAACUGGGAACUGGACUUUCCUUAUGGGAACUGGGACAAGGACUGGAUUAUUUCUAUGAUCUCCUAUAAGUGUGGAACUUCUUGGUAAAAGCAGCACAUUGAUUCAUCUUGAUUCAGGUUUUUUUGUCUUUAAACUGAAACAAUCUUUGUAAUGAAGCAGGGACAAAGUUUGGUUAAUAUUUAACUUGUUUGAGAGUCAUGAAUGUGUUGAUAAAUCUCGUCAGGGUGACUGAAAUAAGCACUUGUUCAAAAAAAGGUACUUAAAGCAAAAGCAGGUCCUUCAGUUUGGUUUAUUUUUUUAAGCUGAGCUUGUGAUUUGUACAAAUUGAAGUGUAGUAGCACAUCUACAUUCAACACAAAAAGUCAAAUAAAAGGGGUUGGUUUGUGUUCGGUGGUAGGCUGAAGUUAGAAAUCCCCUCUGUUUUUUUGGAUCCACGUCUUUGCUGGAACAAAAACAACUAAUUCUUCAAUAAUGCUUCAUUACAUAUCAAUACAGAUUGUGUGCCUUUUUAUUCAAUUUAUGACGAUGAUAAAAAUAAUUGAGACAUUCACAGCAUUGCCAAACAUCUGACGAAUUACCAUUUGAUUAUGAUUUCUUCUGAAUAAAUGUUUACAUGAAUUAAA